AUGUCUUCUGCGAUCACCAACGAACGCUUCGAAGAUCUGCCUCUCGACGAACAAGUUCGACAAAGGAUUGCCAUUGCGAUUUGGGACAUGCAAGAGAGGAUCCCCAUCGGAAGCCUCUUCAUCGCGCUAUACAUUCGUGGAAACCCGCCAAAGAAGGAUGACUUUCACUGGGUCUUUUACCUCCACCAGGAAGAGCAUGCUGGUACAAAAUACCACGACACCAGCUCACCAAAAAGAUGGAUGGCCCGCCAUCGUAGACGCGGCUACAUACUCAAUGAUUUCCUGCUUUGUGUUCUGAUCGCAAUUGGAAAAGUGCUGCCUGGCAAGUUCGAGGAUCUCGAACGGAUAAUGGAUUCGCACAACCAAGCAUGGAACAGCAUCCCGGGGCUUUCAUGCCGGGUGUGGAUUUGGAUGGUUAUGCAGGAUCUCAUCAAGGAAGAAGUCGUCUGGAGUAGUGGUACGAUUUAUGAAUUAGAGGCGGAAUGCUUGGCGUUUGGGAACCAGUACAGCGAGGGUGCUUCGCGGAACGAGCAGCCACGGCCUGUGGUUGUGUCUGCUAGUUAUAUGUGA